UUACAAUGUAGGUAAAACUGCCCACCUUGUAUGAUCUUUGUCUUUUGUGACUUCACUCCUUAUUUCUGGUCCACAAGUAUAUUCUCUUUUUUUCUAAUAGAUGUAAGUUUAAAAAUGUAAAAUUUGGGCCUUUGAUUCAUAGAAGGGGAGGUUGAUCUAAGCCCCGCUCUGUGGAAUCCUUUCUCUUCUCUCCUCUCGCUGCCACCUUAAUUAUGACCGUCUCAUGUCGAGGAUUAGGAUUGUGCCCUAAUUUAUCUCCUACUACUCUCCCUUCCAAUGACACCCCCUGCUUCCACAUCAGAUCAUCUUUUGUAGUUUUUCCUCUGUAAAUAUUGUGUGAUGUGGGAGUCCCCAUGGUGCAGAGGGAAAAAAAAAACCCUUAAUUUCUCCUGUGAUCUGCUUAUGCGGUCUCUCUGUCACACAUACCUUAUUCCUUACAUUGUCACCCUCACCUCUUUGCAGCUCCUACCAUACUUUGCAGCGAAGUGGCUCCUUUGCUCGUGCCAGGGCUGUUGACAGGAACAUCCUCCAGACACCGGGCUGUACUUAACUACCCUGAGUCUCAGCCAUCAUGUGAUCUUAUCGUUCAGCUUUCACUUUCUUCUUGUCCCACCAGACUCUAAGCACCGUAGAACAGGAGCGAGGUUGUUCAGUUCUUGCCCUGAAGCACUUAGUAGGAUGCCAGCAGCACACAGGUCUUCAUUAGAUGCUCACUCACUGAAGGAAGUGAGAUGCUUUUCUAAGGAUUUUUUUUUUUUUUUUACUCUCCCACAAAGCGUAGUACAGAGUUAUGGGCAUGCUAAGCUUCCUGUAUCACUUAACACGGGGCAGCCUGACUCCAAAGGUGGUAAGAUCAUCUCCACGCCUUUGCCAUGAUGCUCAGAGCCGACCACUGCAGGUUAAUCAGGAACGUGGUUUUCCAGGAGUCACUGUCAUUCGGGGACGUGGCUGUGGGCUUCACUCGGAAGGAGUGGCAGCAGCUGGACUCUGCGCAGAGGACCCUGUACCGGGAUGUGAUGCUGGAGAACUACAGCCACCUGGUCUCCAUAGGGUGUCAAGUCAGCAAACCGGCUGUGAUCUCCAGGUUGGAGCAGGGGAAAGAGCCAUGGGUGGAGAAGGAGGAGAUGCGCAGGUGGAGCUUCCCAGAAGUUUGGCAAGUUGCUACACAAGUAGGUAGACAAAAGGAACACCAAGACAAAUGUUCAAGUGAUGCAGGCCUAGCCCAGAAAAAUGUGAACAAAAAAAAUCUCCAAGGAUGCAAUGAACUUGGAAAAAAUUCCCAUCAGAACACAAACCUUGUCCCUUCAGGCCAACCAGCCCACACAUGUAAGUCAUGUGGAAAGAAUUUGAAAUGCAACGUGGACUUCAGUGCUAAUGCAUACCUUGCAAGAAGGAGGUUUGAGUGUGACAGACAUGGGAACUUAUUUCUCUAUUCUAAGCUUGAAACUCCGCAUUCUGGAGAGAAUCCACGUGAAUGUAGCCAGUGUAGAAAAGCUUUAAGUCACGACAAAGCCCUUAAUGCAGGUCAGGGAAACAAUAGCAGUGAGGAACCCCACACGUGCACCAAGUGUGGGAAAGCCUUCCCCCACAUGUCACAGCUCAUCGUACAUCACAGGGUCCACAGGAGUGACAGAUCCUAUGGGUGCAGCAAGCAGGGGAGUAAGUUCAGCAAUCAGGGAAAUCACACAAAACAAGGACCCAGCGGAGACAGCAGUCGUGGUAACGCGACCUCCCAGAAGACGAUUCGUGCUGCAGAGAAGCCUUAUAAGUGUUUGGAAUGUGAGAAAACCUUCUCUCACAAGUCACGCCUCGUGGAGCACCACCGGUCUCACACCGGGGAGAAGCCUUACAGCUGCCAGGACUGUGGGAAGUCUUUCUCCCGGAAGUCCUGCCUCAUCAUACACUACAGAAUCCACACGGGAGAGAAGCCCUAUGGCUGCAGCGAGUGCGGAAAAGCCUUUUUCCAAAAGUCGCAUCUCAUUCUGCAUCAGCGAACCCACACGGGUGAGAAGCCCUACGGGUGCAGCGAGUGCGGGAAAGCCUUCUCCCAGAACUCGUGCCUUAUCAUCCACAAGAGGACGCACCUGGGAAAGAAACCCUAUGCGUGCUCCGAAUGCGGAAAGACCUUUUCCCAGAAGGCCAACCUCAUUCGGCAUCACAGAAUUCACACCAGGGAGAAACUGCAUGGGUGAGUGUGAGAGCAAGUCAUCGUCAAGAAGUCACAAGACAUCUGGAAAUGAAAACCCGUGGAUGUUCUGCAUGUGGAAGAGCCCUGAGCCAGGCAGUCCAUUGCCACCCUCUGCAGAGCGCCACACCAAACUGAAAUUCUGACCACCUGGUAGAUUAGGGAAAGCUUGUUCUGUUAACACUAAGGGGAGGAUAAUAGUGCACUAGGAGUGACAUUUUUAUAGCAUAUGCUUAAUUCUAAAGGUAUCUAUGGUCAACUGUGGAUAUUAAGCUUUUAAAUAUGAGAAUAGAUUAUUAUAUGCUUAAAUCUUAAUGAUUUAAGCAUCAGAACACUCCCAGAGGUAUAUAGGGGUUAUGUUCCUGAGUGUGCUACAUAAUCUUUAUUUUUUAGUUACAUUGGUGAGCUGAACAUAAUUUUGAAUUUGUAGCAAUAUAUACCAUAAUAUAUAGAAUAAUAUCAAGACUUCCUAUACUAAAGCACACCCUUGUCUUUGUGUUAUAUAUUAUACCUGGAACAAAAUGAAUUUAUUACCAAACCAGAGGUCCCUCUGCAGCACCACCUGCCAUGUGUCCUGUGUGCUGGCAAGUAUUCCAAAGCCCUGAGUCUGGAAGCUAGCAAUCUCGUGGUAUCUUUUGAUACCUCUCAAUCAACUGUAAGUUCUGUUUACAUGUUAAAUGUGUAAGGUUAGGGCUCCCAUUUCAGGCAAUCUGAUGGACUAAGUGGAAGCUCUUCCACUAUAAACGCUGGAAAUGACAGGCAACACAAGGCUAAUAUUCUUUUCAAUGUGUAAUUCAGCUCAUAAGAAAACAAGAGAAGUUUCCAGAUGCCAGCUAUGCAGAGGGCACUGAACACCAGAAAUAAAAUUUGUGAGUUGAUGCUAUGGCUGCACUGUAGGUUUACAGUUACAGACUAUAGAGGACAAGAAACAGGCCUUGGGGCCACACCAGGCUGGGAGCUGGCCCUGCCAUAAUUCACAAAUUCAGAACUUUCAAAAGGCUGUACACAUCCAGGGAGGAGGUAGACCAGAGACCAAAAGCUUGUCUGUCUCUUGGUAGGCCAAGAGCUUACCUGGUUGAGUCACAAGCUCUGACCUGCAUCUCGUGUAAGUUAGAAUUUUGACUUUGUUCUAUUCCUGUCCCAGUAGAAAAACUGAACAAUUAACAUAGAAAUUUGUUACAACUUUGAAACAACUUUCAGAAGCAAACAUAUAACCUCAAGUAGAGUUCAUCUUGUGUGGGGUGGGGUACACGGGAGAUGUCUAUACGUCCUCUCAAUUGUGCUGUGAACCUGAAAUCACUGUAA